AUGUGGGAACUUUUGGGCGCUGCCAGUGAUCGAGAUGGCCACACGUGCAGGAGGUGUCACCAGCUGCUGAACCUUGAGCUCUGGGUUACGGAGCUUGAGCUGCGGCUGGAGUCACUGUGGCGUAUCCGUGAGGCUGAGAGCUGUGGAUGUGAGGGCGUUGGUUUCUUGGGGGAGUGCAGUCAGAGCCAUGUUUGUGGCACCGCGGGCAGCUUUGUUGUACAAGAGGGGAGAAAGAAGAGGGCUUUGCAGGAACAGAUGAGUUCGACCGUGCAGGAAAUAGGACACCUGAUCGAUCCAAUAGCCACAGCUGCUCGAGGAGAAGCUGCUCAGCUUGGCCAUAAGGUUACGCAGCUGGCCAGUUACUUUGAACCAUUGACCCUGGCCUCCAUCGGUGUGGCAUCAAAGCUCCUUGACCACCAGCAGCAGAUGACUGUGUUGGACCAAACCAAAACUCUGGCAGAGUCCGCACUGCAAAUGCUGUAUGCAGCCAAGGAAGGUGGUGGCAACCCCAAGGCUGCACAUACACAUGAUGCGAUAACAGAGGCAGCUCAGCUAAUGAAGGAGGCAGUGGAUGAUAUCAUGGUCACUCUGAACGAAGCCGCCAGUGAUAUAGGGAUGGUGGGAGGUAUGGUCGACGCCAUCGCUGAUGCAAUGAACAGACUGGAUGAAGGUACACCCCCUGAACCUGAAGGAAGCUUUGUGGACUAUCAAACCACAAUGGUAAAAUAUUCCAAGGCGAUUGCAGUCACUGCUCAGGAGAUGAUGUCUAAAUCUGUCACCAGCCCUGAAGAGCUGGGAGGUCUGGCCUCUCAAGUGACCACUGACUAUGGCCACCUCGCUCACCAAGGACGACUUGCUACAACCACAGCUGACAGUGAGGAGAUUGGAUUCCAGAUUAAGACACGAGUUCAGGAUCUUGGCCAUGGCUGCAUCUUCCUGGUACAGAAAGCUGGUGCUGUUCAGAUCAGUCCCACCGACAGCUUUACAAAGAGAGAGCUCAUCGAGUGUGCCCGUGCUGUGACAGAGAAGGUUUCCUUGGUUCUGUCUGCCCUACAAGCAGGGAACAGAGGCACACAGGCUUGUAUCACUGCAGCCAGCGCUGUGUCUGGUAUCAUCGGCGACCUGGAUACCACUAUCAUGUUCGCCACAGCCGGCACACUCAACCCAGAAAACGACGAGUCGUUUGCAGACCACAGGGAGAACAUCCUGAAAACUGCAAAGGCCCUGGUUGAAGACACCAAGUUCCUGGUGUCUGGAGCUGCGUCGAGCCAAGAGAAGCUAGCCCAGGCAGCCCAGUCCUCUGUCAGUACUAUAACCCAGCUGGCUGAGGUGGUGAAACAGGGAGCAGCUAGUCUGGGUUCCAAUGAUCCAGAAACACAGGUGGUCCUAAUCAACGCGGUUAAAGAUGUCGCUAAAGCUCUGACUGACCUCAUCAGCGCCACAAAAUGUGCGGCUGGAAAACCUGCUGAUGAUCCAUCGAUGUACCAGCUGAAGAGUGCAGCCAAGGUGAUGGUUACAAACGUCACUUCUCUUCUGAAAACGGUUAAAGCUGUGGAGGAUGAGGCAACCCGUGGUACCAGAGCACUCGAGGGUACGAUAGAGAGCAUCAAACAGGAGCUGGCGGUUUUCCAAUCGAAGGAGGUACCAGCAAAGACCUACUCCCCAGAAGAAUUCAUUCGAAUGACAAAGGGCAUCACAACAGCAACUGCGAAGGCGGUAGCAGCAGGCAACUCCUGUCGCCAGGAUGACGUGAUUUCAACAGCCAACCUGAGCCGCAAGGCAAUCGUUGACAUGUUGACUGCUUGUAAGCAAGCGGCCUACCAUUCGGAAGUGAGUGAAGAUGUGCGAAGCCGGGCCUUGCACUUUGCCACAGAAUGCACUGUUGGCUACAUGGAGCUGUUGGAGCACGUCCUUGUGAUUGUCCAGAAGCCCACAAGUGAGCAGAAGCUGCUGCUAUCUGGAUACUCCAAGCGUGUCGCAGCGGCUGUGACUGAACUCAUUCAGGCAGCGGAAGCCAUGAAAGGCACAGAAUGGGUGGAUCCCGAAGAUCCAACAGUCAUCGCAGAGGCAGAGCUGCUGGGAGCCGCAGCAUCCAUCGAGGCUGCCGCCAAGAAACUGGAGCAGCUGAAACCAAGGGCCAAACCCAGGCAAGCAGAUGAGACCCUUGACUUUGAGGAGCAGAUUCUGGAAGCUGCGAAAUCGAUUGCAGCUGCUACCAGCGCCCUAGUAAAGUCAGCCUCUGCUGCCCAGCGAGAGCUUGUUGCCCAAGGAAAGGUCGGUGCCAUCCUUGCUAAUGCGGUGGAUGAUGGACAGUGGUCUCAAGGCCUUAUAUCUGCAGCCCGAAUGGUGGCAGCCGCUACGAGCAACUUGUGUGAGGCAGCAAACGCAUCUGUCCAAGGACACGCCAGUGAGGAGAAGCUGAUAUCCUCAGCCAAGCAGGUGGCAGCUUCCACAGCCCAGCUUCUGGUGGCCUGUAAGGUGAAGGCGGACACUGACUCCGAGGCCAUGCGGAGACUCCAGACUGCAGGAAAUGCUGUGAAACGGGCAUCAGACAAUCUAGUCAGAGCAGCUCAAAAAGCCGCGUUCAACAAACCGGAUGAAGAAAACAUUGUGGUGAAAACACGAUUUGUUGGAGGAAUUGCUCAGAUCAUUGCAGCCCAAGAGGAAAUGCUGAGGAAGGAGAAGGAGCUGGAAGAAGCACGCAAGAAGCUGGCACAAAUACGCCAACAACAGUACAAGUUUUUGCCAUCGGAACUGCGAGAAGAUGAAAGCUAAUCCUCAGAUGUUUUUAACCAAACGGGUUCUCCAUCAAACGGAUCGCUCAGUCCUUUCAAAAUCUGAGCUACUUCCGAUUGGAAAGCUGAUCAUUUUGGAGGUGGAACAUUGCAUCAACUUGGAUUUAUCCAAUUAUAGAUCAUAGUCCAGAAUAUGUUAGUUUAGAAUUGGCUUCCUGUACUCCUAAGGCUUGCAUGCACUAAAUACACAUCAGGGAAGUUUACAGACAAAGAUUAAUAGGGCCGGAGCACAAGACAUUCUGUGAGCAGGAAUUCUAUUCAUGGACAGAGUUGUAUCAGAUACCUGAGUCCGACGUGCUAGGUUGAGGUAGGAGGAUGGAGUUUAUCGAGUGGAUGCAUCCAGAAUUGAUAGAGAGGGGAGGCUGUGGCCUGAGCAGAGGAGUUUUUGAUGUAUGCAGGAUUCAUCAAUGUUGUCUUUGUGAAGCGUUUGUUCCUGCUCCAACGCUGAGUGCAGGAUGUCAUUUUGGAAUGAGUCAGUUUCCUCCAGGAAUGAACACCAACCACCCAUCUAAAAGCUGUGUGAUUUUACCUGGGAUUGUUUUGUCCUGUGGGGUUAUGAUUAUCAUUCACUCACUGUUGCCCUAUCGCCUGUUUCUAAAGUGAGUUGAAUUUGGAAAACAGCUAAAAAAGAAACAGAAAUUCUAAAAUAACCAAAAUCCAUGUUGUGUUUACAAACCUGAGUGCUCAGUAAUGCUAAAUAUAGACACACACUAAAAGGCUCUAUUAAAGGGUGCGAGGACAUUUCACAGGGUACCUUGCCUUUAGUUUCCAAGUUCUUGUAAUAUUUUCAGGUGACGAAUGCCCCAGUGUUUCUCAUCACAGACCAUCUAGAUACCGUGCAGUUUGCCAUAUUAGCUGCACAAUUGCUUUCAGCACUUGUUUUUAAUUUGCUUUUCUAUUGGCUACAAUACUCUGCCUUUGUUGGUCACACUUAAACCACUAAACGACACCCAGCUCCAAUGCUUGCCUAACAUGUCUAUUUAAGUAGCAUUCCCAAAGUCUUAAUGCCCAAGGGAGUUGCCGACUUAAACAGCACUUCCCCUGAGUUGCCUUCUAUGGUUUUCUUUUAGAUUUGUAUCUCCUGUGCUGCUGCAAACAGAUUAGAUUCCCCUCUUCUUUUGGAAAUUGCAUUCCAAAGGCCUGUGUCAAGAUGCAUUGUAACUCUCAAUAAGACAGAUUUGCAUCUCCCAGCCAGGCUCUCUGUGAUCUGUUAGUCUAUAAACUAGUAUUGGAAAGAUCCUGAUGUAGAAACAUCCAUCUGUUUUGUUAAGCCAUUGAGAAAUUUGAAUUUUUUAAAGAAGUAAAAUGAAAUUUAAUGUACUGAAAUUAUUCGAGUAAUGUUCUAAUAUUGGCCUUUAUGUUUGAAUCGUUUUUAAGAUGGUAUGUUUAAAAAAAAAGAGAAAAAAUGCACGUGCAAAAUAGAUUGGUGGUUUUUGCGAGCUCCUGUUAGCUUGCCUCACUUCCUAAGACCCAAAUUUAAAUGAAGCGUCACAUAUAACUGCCAUGACAGAAUGUAUUACUGUAUGUAACAUAAACUGCUAAUUUAUCGGCCACAAAAACUAUUUUUUGUAUUCACAAAUAAAAGGUUUCAAAGGAAA